AAUCUAUGUUUACUUGUUAGGGACCUGGAACAUUAGAAGUGAAUAAACGACUAACUGAUUACAUUAUCAUUAUUAGUGGAAUGUUAACACUUGAAUAUCUGAUAGGAAUAUAAUUAUUGUUGUUUGAAUAUACUUAAGCAAUAAAUCUUUAAAAUGUUGUAAGACGUGAAAAGGAUAAUAAUAAUAAUGAUUUGGUUCUGUAAAUAAAAAGUGAAUCACUUAUUUUUAGCGGAAAAAUGGAUUAUUAAACAUAAUGGCAUGAUUUUCAUACAUAAGUUUCUGUGGGACGAAUAACAAUGACAUAAUUUAAUAUCUUUGUCAAGUGAGGUUUACUGUAAUAAACAAAAUGAAAAGUCCAACCAUUAAGGAAAAUUAUGACAAUGUAUCUUUUACAUUAGGUCUUUCUCUUGCAAUUUUAUCUAGUGUGUUUAUUGGAUGUAGUUUUAUUAUCAAAAAGAUUGCAUUGAAGAAAGUUAAUACUUUGGGAAUCACAAGAGCUUCGGCUGGAGGAUAUGCAUACUUGAAGCAAUGGAUGUGGUGGUUAGGCCUUUUGACAAUGGGUAUAGGGGAAGCUGCAAACCUGUUAGCAUAUGCAUUUGCUCCAGCGGCAUUAGUUACACCUUUAGGUGCACUAAGUGUGCUUGUUGCCGCAAUACUUUCUUCAAGAUUACUCCAAGAAAGACUUAAUUUCAUUGGAAAGAUCGGUUGUUUUCUAUGUGUCAUUGGUUCAAUUAUUUUUGUCAUACAUUCACCUAAAAAUGAGGAGAUAAGUAAUUUUUCAGACCUUUCUAAUAAAUUGACUGAUUAUAUUUUCUUAACGUAUGUCUCAAGUAUUAUAAUUAUGAGUUUGAUACUAAAAAUAGUUUUUGUUCCAAAAUUUGGUAAUACCAAUAUAGUUGUGUAUCUGUUAAUUUGUUCGGCUGUAGGUAGUUUAACUGUAGUGUUUUGUAAGGGUGUAGCUUUAGGUAUUAAGGAAACAUUAAAUAGUGAUAUAAAUAAUCUAACUAAUUACAUGUUUUGGUUGCUUCUAUUGUUUUCAAUAUUUUGUAUAAUGGUACAAAUGAAUUAUUUAAACAAAGCAUUAGAUAUAUUUAAUACCAGUAUUGUAACACCAGUGUAUUAUGUAAUGUUUACAAUAUUAGUCAUAAUUGCAUCAGGUAUUCUCUUUAGAGAAUGGGAGCACAUGAAAACUGAAGACAUUCUAGGUUCCUUCUGUGGUUUUCUCAUAUUAAUGACAGCAGUAUUCACUCUUAAUGCAUUUAAAGAUAUUGAUAUUUCAUUUGAAGACUUAAAUUUAAAUUAUAGACAGAAUAUUUCAAAGCCAGAUUUAGAAGCCUCGAAUAAUACUAAACUAGCAAGAAGGAUGAGAUAAAGUAUGAGUGAAAAUAUUUUACUAUUAUUUUACUCUUCUAGAAUAGAGCUACUAAUUUGAUA